AUUGAAAUAAAUGUAAUGCUCAAAUUUGAAUCUCUCUAUCUCUAGCUUCGUCAACUCCGCUAACUAACGAAAGCACACUGCAAAAGCUUAUAUUGAAUGCAUGCCCUUCUUCUCCAUCACUGUCCGAUCAGAACCGCAACCAUUUCUCGAUCUCUCCUCCUCUCUCACUCUCUCUCCUACAGCACCAUGAGUUCUUCCCUCGCGCCUCCUCCCGUUUCUCUCAAGACCAUCGCUUUGGAGCCCCUCAGGAGCUCCAGUUCUUCGAGCUUCUUCGCCAGGAGGCUCGAUCAUGGAGUUCGCAGAAUCGGCCCUAUUAAGAGUACCCGCGGAUCUAGGGUUUUCAUGAGUGUUUCGGCUGGUUCUCGGGUGGCGGCCAUCGACGACGCCUUGUUCUCCGAUUACAAGCCUACUUAUGCUUUUCUGUUCCCUGGCCAGGGUGCUCAAGCUGUUGGGAUGGGCGUGGAGGCUCAAAGUGCCCCUGCUGCUGCUGGCUUAUUCAAGAAAGCAAAUGAAAUUCUAGGGUUUGAUCUUCUAGAUGUUUGCACCAAUGGGCCAAAAGAAAAGCUAGAUUCAACAGUUAUAAGCCAGCCAGCUAUAUAUGUCACAAGCCUAGCUGCAGUUGAGGUUCUUCGUGCGCGUGAUGGAGGUCAGGAAAUAAUUGAUUCUAUUGAUGUCACUUGUGGGCUAAGCUUGGGAGAAUACACUGCUCUAGCAUUUGCUGGAGCUUUCAGCUUUGAAGAUGGACUCAAACUGGUUAAACUUCGGGGAGAAGCCAUGCAGGAAGCUUCUGAUGCUGCUAAAAGUGCUAUGGUCAGUAUCAUAGGACUGGAUUCAGAAAAGGUCCAACUAUUGUGUGAUGCAGCAAAUAAAGAAGUUGAUGAAGCUGAUAAAGUUCAGAUUGCAAAUUUCCUUUGUCCUGGUAAUUAUGCUGUCUCUGGAGGUGUGAGAGGUGUAGAAGCAGUAGAAGCCAAGGCAAAAUCAUUCAAGGCUAGAAUGACGGUGCGUCUGGCUGUUGCUGGUGCUUUCCACACUAGUUUCAUGGAACCAGCUGUCUCAAGAUUGGAAGCUGCCCUAGCAACAACAAAGAUACAAGCUCCAAGAAUACCAGUUAUAUCCAAUGUCGAUGCAAACCCACAUGCAGAUCCUGAUACAAUUAAGAAGAUCUUGGCACGCCAGGUGACUUCUCCCGUUCAAUGGGAGACAACAGUGAAGACACUUCUGAACAAAGGGCUGCAGAAAAGCUACGAAUUGGGACCCGGAAAGGUUAUUGCUGGCAUUGUCAAGAGAAUGGACAAAAGUGCCAGUGUGGAGAAUAUUGGGGCUUGAGGAGUUUGCUCUAUUGGUGGCUCAGGCUUAUUAGUUCCCUCUCGAACUCGAUCUACAGCAUCUUUGGUGUGAUUAUCAUCCUUAUCGAACGAGUUGGACCAAUAAAUCUUUAUCGAGCUUGAAUUUUAUGAUAACGAACAAUCAGAGAUUUGUUCGGCUGCUCAGUAAAAUUCAGUUGAGUAUGGAGAUGCUUUUUUCUCA